AUGGGGAUCGCGCCUCCGGGAUUCGGUCCCCAAGCACACGGCAGCAAGGUGGUCAGCGGGGCCUGCGUUUCCUCGGCUUUUGCGUUGCUUGGUGAAGUUAUUGAAGCUACUGAUGGCGUCACCUUACGAAGGAUUCUCUGCUCCGGGUUUGGCGAUGCAAGCCCCGAAGGGGUCCAGCACUGCUGCUCUUCCAGCAGCAAAUCGGGCACACGUGGACACGGGCACGUGCGUGUGUACAAUGUUCACUACACCAUGAGCAUUAACGGCAAAGUACAAGAUGGAUCGAUGGAAAUAGAUGCUGGAAACAACUUGGAGACAUUCAAAACAGGAAGCGGGAGUGAAGAGGCUGUUGAAGUUCAUGACUUUCAGAUUGGCGUAACUGGAAUCCGUUUUGCCGAAGGAGAGAAGUGUUACAUCAAAGCUCAGCCAAAAGCUCACGUCCCUGAAGUUGAUGCUAUGACUAAAGCAAGCCUCUCGUCUGAGCUGGAAGAUGAAAUCAUGCCUGUGAGAUUUGAUGAAAACUCCCUUAUCUGGGUGGCUGCAGACGAGCCUAUCAAGCAUAACAGUUUCCUAAGCCCCAAAAUCUUAGAGCUUUGCGGGGAUCUUCCAAUUUUCUGGCUGCGACCAACAUAUCCCAAAGACAACCAAAGGAGAGAAAUGAAGAGAAACAAACGCCAGUCAGAAUCAAACUUCGAUACAGAAGACUUGGAAGCUGCUACUGAAGAAGUGAGCACCAGGUCACCCACCACACAGCUGACUCGGGAGCUUGAUCGCCCGUCUAAUGAAACCAGGCCAAUGGGACAAGAAACCGACCAAACGCUUAAUCCAGACAACCCAUAUAAUCAGCUGGAAGGCGAAGGGAUGGCUUUUGACCCCAUGCUGGAUCACCUGGGCGUGUGCUGCAUCGAAUGCAGACGAAGUUACACACAGUGCCAGAGAAUCUGCGAGCCUCUCAUGGGCUACUACCCGUGGCCCUACAACUACCAAGGCUGCCGCACCGCCUGCCGCAUCAUCAUGCCCUGCAGCUGGUGGGUGGCUCGUAUCAUGGGUGUCGUGUGAGGAAAAA